AUGGUGCAGAGGCGAUGAAUUCCAGCCUGAGCGAGGAGCCCGACGCGCUCUCCGUGGUCAACCAGCUCCGGGACCUGGCCGCUGACCCGCUCAACAGGCGGGCCAUAGUGCAGGACCAGGGAUGCCUCCCGGGGCUCAUCCUCUUCUUGGACCAUCCCAACCCUCCCGUGGUUCAUUCGGCUUUACUGGCGCUGCGCUAUUUGGCAGAGUGCCGUGCCAACAGGGAGAAGAUGAAAGGUGAAUUGGGAAUGAUGCUUAGCUUACAGAAUGUCAUCCAAAAGACCACUACACCAGGAGAGACUAAACUUCUAGCGUCUGAAGUCUAUGAUAUCCUUCAGUCUUCCAGCACGUCAGACACGGACAGCGUGAGCGAGAUGAACUAUCGGCGGCGGAAAGCGCAGUUCUUCCUCGGCAGCACCAACAAACGUGCCAAGACAGUGGUUUUGCACAUAGAUGGCCUGGAUGAUUCGUCUCGACGGAAUCUUUGUGAAGAAGCCUUGUUGAAAAUUAAAGGUGUUAUUAGUUUUACAUUUCAAAUGGCAGUUCAGAGGUGCGUGGUCCGAAUUCGCUCAGACUUAAAAGCAGAGGCGUUGGCAACGGCAAUAGCAUCAACCAAAGUUAUGAAGGCACAGCAAGUGGUGAAAAGUGAAAGUGGUGAGGAGAUGCUGGUUCCGUUCCAAGAUACUCCAGUAGAAGUAGAGCAGAACACAGAUCUCCCCGAGUACCUCCCAGAAGAUGAAAGCCCUACUAAGGAGCAGGACAAAGCAGUGUCUCGUGUGGGGUCGCACCCAGAGGGUGCAGCAAGUUGGCUCAGCACAGCAGCAAACUUUCUGUCGAGGUCUUUCUACUGGUGACUUGGGUUUGGUGUUCAGAGACUGUGUGAAUGAACCAACAGGGGGGCCAGUUUUCCAUUGGUGUGGUGAACUGACAAGUGCAAUUUGCAAUAAAUCAUCACAGAAAUUUUAGAUGAAGCAAAUGUAUGCUGCAUUUUACAUUUUAUUGGACGUUCAGCCUGAUAGGGCAGGGGUCAAAGGACAGAGGCCUCCACUCAAAUUGUUCUUUCAUUUGUUUUCCAUGUAGAUUUUAUUGCUUCACUUUUUAAAGAUGGGUCCACUCUUGCAUACCAAAUGUUUAUGCGUGUAGAGCUUUAGGUUUGACUUCACGUGAAACACAAUAGGGAGAAUCCACUCAAGUCUCAGGGCCUCUGUGAGAGAAAAUUCUUAAUAGCU